AUGCCCAUAUUGUCAACGAACAUUCCGCGCCGGACCAGCCUCCUCGUACAUCUCCGUACCCAAUGCAUCAAUCGCUCGACGACCGCAACUGCGGCCUCCACGACUGCGCCUGCUCCAACAUCCACAUCGACCGCGACGGCGCCCACGCUCAUCAUCUUUGCUCCAAAUCCCCGUGCCGUACUGCCUUUGAUCUCCGCCACCUCCAUCAUCUUUGCCACAGUCACGGCGGCGACGACGGGCGCGGCCACCUCUAUCAUCCCUGUCACUGACUGGAACGCUCCUGACACCCCAACAACCACCAUCACAUUCACCAUCACCACCCUCACCUCCGGCUAUGUGGACUCGGUCACAACCUGUCCUUAUUGCGGCCGCACAUCCACCACCAACAUCGGCCAGGCAGGUGACUUGCGAAUAUAA